AUGGACACCAACGGGAUGGACUUCUUUGUCCAACUUCCACCCGAGAUCCGUAUCAGGAUCAUGGGUCAAAUGUCCUCCAAAUCAGCGAUAUUACGCAUCAUCCAAGCAUCGCCGGCAAUGCUUGCACAGUGGAUUCAAUCGAGGGAAACCAUAGUGCGAGCAGUAUUGAUCAAUCUUGUCGGCGGCGAUAUUUAUGGCGACCUCCUACACGACGCAUUAGCCAUCAUUCACCUACCACCUCUCGACUCUUCCUCCACCGACUCGAUUAUUCACCAUGUCGGCCAGUGGCUGACCAAAGGAUUCUCGGACCCAUUCGAGCAAAAUGCUGGCGAGACUCUCGAUAUGCUGUACCGACUCUUGUCUCGCCUUUCUGUUUUUAUUGAGGACUACAUGACCAAGGCAACGGCUCCUUUCCCACCUCGAGCCUACCUCUGUCUGCCAAGGAUGAGGUCGAUGGACGGCGAGCUGCGUUUCAGGGAUCAAGCCAUAGACGCACGACAUAUCGAGCUCGACGACUUGACUUGUUCAGAGAGGAACCGCUUUCUGCGUGCCUUUGUACGAUACGAACUGCUCUGCAAACUGUUCACCCCGCGGCUCUGGAAGAUCGUCGAACCUAGCGAAUACGGCGACCAAGUCAAGCAGUCGUAUUCAAACCUCCAUAUCUGGGACUAUGAGAUGUUACAUUGCGUCCAGGAAUAUACUCGAAGCGUCUAUGCGGCCAUAUUUGCAAACUUCACUCCUUCGUGGCUACCGAACGGUCAGACGGCAUCGGACUCCGAGCCUUCAAGAGAGAAGGAAUUCCUGUAUCCUGAUAACUUUUGGACCAAUCCGAAUGAAUACUUUUGCAACUUGGAUCUGCCGCGCAGCAGCUACCAUACGGCAUCGUUUCUGCACCUGCGAGGCUUUGAUAUUCUCACUCACGUCCUGGUGUAUUCAGAAAGCAAGCAGGGAAGCCGCAGAGACCUCCGAAAAUGGUUCCUCACUAUGGCUGCUGAACGGGCGAGGACCAACGAAUUCGAGGCGCUCUCUCAGGACCACUCGCUUGCACAAGACCAAGGCCCCACGUCCGCUUCCUGUGCAGAUAUUGGAUUUCGAGGCCAAUUAUUCCAGAUGAUUUCAGCCGCUCUUAUGAGGGAAGGUGUCGUGUCAUAUCCACAAGUUAUGGGGCUAAACCCGUAUUUUCAGCUUCGAAUAUUCCGACAACGAGCAUGGCCCUUUUUCGAAGACGCAAGGUUCUACCCAGGGGCGGACAGCCUGUGUCACUUUCCAAGCCUGGAUGACCUUGCUGAGCAAGACCGCCUGGUGAAGCUCAAAUUUCCCUACCCGGAGGGUGAACGGGAACGGAGGAGGUCACAAAAGUGGCAGGACUUUUUCGCUGGAAGGGAGACGGGAAGUGAUUUCGAUUGGCAGGACGAUGACGACAAACUGGAGCGUAUGGCUGGUGAGCGGAUUGUUGUACCGCGUCUUUCUGAGCGUCCGGUUACGGAGAGACUGAUUCCCUUUUGGCGGUCUGGGAUGCCGAUGAGCACAUAG